CUCACUGGCCUGGUGUAGUGAGGAAAUCGGAAAAGCCGGCGGUGUAAACGGAUAACGAGUGCCAGCAUCCCGUGGAACCCAGCCCAAGGAGCUCGCAACUGCCGCGCAUUAGACUAGAAAGUGAUGACCUGCAGUUUUUAGGAAGUUCAAAGACGAGGAAUACGGAGCCAGCAAAGGACAUAUCAUUAGCCAGUUAGUUUAAUCAGUAUCUGCAAAAUGUUUGACAUCACCUGGCUGCCCACCGCCUGUGGAUCACUGGCUCCUGCCCUCAUCCCGCCGGCUCAUAUCGUUAUCCUGUGGUAUUUCUGGGAAAACUAUGCCCGGUACGUUGACAGGCAUUUCUGCACCUGCUCCUGCUGGGACACUGUGUUCAAGGGACCAUACGAGUCGGGCGUGGCCGCCUAUAAGCACAUGUACUUCAAUGCCACGCCCAAUAGCUUCAAAAUGUGGAUUCUGACCGUGUUCGCCGUGAUUGCCCUGUACGAGUGCAUCAAGAGGCUAAUCGCCCUGAUCCUGCAGCAGCGCGUGCGGUACUCGAUGCUACUGCUCUUUCUGCUUUCGAUAUUCUCGCAUUACUACGCCUGGUGGGCGUACAUCAACUACUACAACGAUGACUAUUACAAUCAAUGGAACCACCAGCUCUUCUUCACGGUAACCGAGUUGUUCUCAACGGUCCUCGUAAUGCACCUGGCCAACACCACAAAUGUGGUAACACCAAAGAAAGUUUUUUGCAUUGUGGGAAUCGCAUUGUUGCACAUCCUGGCCAGCAGCUUUGAUCAGUUCUUCAUGAAUGUGGUGCGCGGCGAGGGCUAUGCCCAUCAGAUAGUACGGGAUAUUGGAUUCAUGGUGCCAGAUCUUCUCCAGCUUUUUGUUCCCGUUUGGCUACUCCGACAGACACGUCGCGAGAGUUACACCACUCGCCCAUUUCACCGAGAUCGCAAACUUCAUCGGGAUAUUGUUAUGAUGUUGUGCCUUGUGUCCCUGCUGUUUGUGAUUUGUACGAUUUUGUGAGAGCGAAUCAUGCUGGAGGUCCAUGAAGAGCGAUACGGAAAGAUCGUGCCGAUGCAGGAUGCGGCAGUGCAGCUGUUAAAUCGCUAUCGGAUGCUGGCCAGCGGAAAUGUGCACAAUUGAAAGCGAUUGCUUUGGAUAACUGAGAGAGGAUUGUGGGUGGACAAUAGCGGCAUUUACCGGCAGUAAGUGCGGAAUAUCCUGUACGAGUAUUCCUGUAGAUUUUUGUAUUUUCAUUUAACGUUUGUGAUAAACCGUUUUUAUGUUGAAAAGAAGUCGGGUGACUAUGAGCAUAUCGAUAUGCAUAAUUAUCAACUAACCAUGGUACAUAAUCAAUACAACAAACUGUAAUCUUCCAUUUAGAACCGUUGACCGAUACCGAUGUUAAGUGCAUUAUCAUUAACCCAUAGUUGAACUUAGGUACAAGUACAGUAGAGAGUUCUGGAUGUUCCAGAACCAUACGAGUAGAAGGAUUUAGCCACCAUUUAGAUACAACGAUAAACAGUUAUCACCGACAUGCCGACACACAUGUGUAGAUGAGUAGUUAUGAAACAACGAUGCGAAUACUUAAUAAUGAUUAUGGAUUGUGGAAGUGAAGACCCACCCAAUGUUAUACUACCUUAACAAGUUACAUGUGACUUAGACUGUUGUUAGAUAAUAACAAUAUUAUACAUGUUCAUCAUGACAAACCAAAAUAUUCCAGUACAUCUAGUAGAGAAAACACGAAAAACAAAAAUCUAAAAAAAUAUUACACAAAAAAAUAUUAUAAAACCAAAACCGUAGUAAUCAAAAUUAGCGUUAUACGAUAUUGUUACGAUUAACUUUACAUGAAGGAAAUCAAAAACAUGCAGAUAUUAAUAUUUGGAAUAGCCUAUACUUAUACACAUAUAUAUAUUUUAGUAUACAAAAUUAUAUUGAAUAAACUUUAAGAGACUGAAUAUCCAGUAGUUUCCUUAGACUACCACAACGGUGAGUUCAACACAACCAUUCCAAUUAUUCGUAGUUUUCUUUUAUUGAAAGAUAAAAAUUUUAAUUUCUUUUCAUUGUCUCGUUUUUUUUGUAAUUAUAUAUAUAUAUUUUUAUAUUGCUAUAUAUAUAUAUAUACCUAUAUACAUAUGUUAAUGUAUAUUUGCAAAUUUCAAGUCAAGACGUUUCCAAAUGUAUUUUC